AUGUAUGAAGCUUGGGAGAGAUACAUGGAGUUGCUUCGUAAAUGCCCAUACCAUGAGUUACCAAAGUGGAUGCAAGUCCAAACAUUCUACAAUGGGCUGAACACUACAAGCAAAACUCUCAUUGAUGCCGCAGCUGGAGGAGCCUUGAUGGCCAAAACGCAGGAUGAAGCAUACGAAUUGCUUGAGACCAUGACAUCCAACAGCUAUCAAUGGCCUAGUGAACGUGCAAUGCCUAAGAAAGCCGGAGUUCAUGACGUCGACGCAAUAACUGCAUUAACUGCACAAAUUUCUACUCUCUCUAAACAACUUGGUUCAUUAAAUGUCAAUGCGAUUCAAACCCCUAAUGUUAUUUGUGAAUUUUGUGCAGGAAAUCACUCUAGUGCUGAUUGCAACAAUGGGAAUCCAUUCUCUGCACUCAAACAAGUAAAUCAAGUUGGAGAUUUCAAUCGUCAAAGGAAUAAUCCAUAUUCCAACACCUACAACCCGGGAUGGAAAAAUGACCCGAAUUUCUCUUGGAGUAAUAACCAAAAUGCACAAAAACCACCUCCUGGAUUUCCACCUCAAGAGAAAAAGGUUGGGUUAGAGGACGUACUAACUCAACUUGCUGGAAAUACGAGUACUCUCUCAAAUGACACCAAUCAAUUUAUGAGCAAGACCGAGACCACGUUACAAAAUCAAGCAGCCUCUAUAAGAAAUUUGGAAGUUCAAAUGGGACAGUUAGCUCAAGUUUUGAUGGGGAGAGAGUCGGGUACAUUGCCCAGCCAAACGGAAAUAAACCCAAAGAAUUUGGAGCAAGCUAAGGCCAUUACAUUGCGGAAUGGAUGA